UUGAACAUAAAAUAAUAAUUUGCCUUUGGGUCAGGAACCUUGCUUCUAUCCUUUUAUUUCAUUCUUGUGUUUUCCAGUCUUUAUUUUUUGUUUAUCUUGAUAUUGCUGAACUUCACCUAUUGUAUUGCUUUACCCUUAUUUUUCAUGUUAGAACAGCUGCAGCCAUAUGUAAUGUGUCUAGCUUCCUAUGUCAUUCGCUUCCAGUUAUUUUAGCUGUGUAAAACUGCUUGUUUUGCUGCUUGAAAUUUUUUAUUGCUGGUUUGUACCAAAUACAGUUUUACAGUACAGUUUACUACACUUUUAUGUUCUUCCUGUAAUUUCCCUAUAGAAAAACAAGGAGGAUACUGAUGUGCAAAGAGAAGGGAAACCAAUAUUGGACAAAUUUCUCAAUAUAUUCCCAUCAUCACGACCCAACAAAGGCUGAACCUUAAGCAUUCUUCUUAUGCAAACUGAAGUCUAAUGGUCAGGUCCAAAGAUGUACUGUUAAUAAAUAUUUUUUGUCCUGUUUCUUACUCAUCUUUGACAUAUGUUUCCUGUUCAGGCUUGUUUUUGGUUAAUAAUGCAUUUAUUGAAGUAAUUCAAGUACUGAUCUUGAUCAAAACAUAAACUAAUGUGUAAAUAUGUAUAAUGGAGUGCUGUGACAUCAGUCCUGCCCCAACACACCUUUCUUGAAGUUUCCAGUAAACCUGAAGAUCUUGAUUAGCUGGUAUUUAGUCACAGUUGGAGCUCAAAUCUUUUUUUUUUUUAAAACCCAAUUCUUCACACUUCAAAGCCGAUUUAAUGUGACAAAUUCUGUUAUUUUUCUAAUGUCUUUUCAUUAUCUAUAAUUUACUUAUUAAUAUUCUUUUUUAUGAAAUAUCUACUUGUUUAAUCACUUCCUGUUAAUCUGUCAUUAUCUCAUGAAGACCCACCCCUUUUGGUAGGAUAUAAAAUGAGCACUGAAACACAUCAUUUUAUUUGCCUCCUGAACAAAGAUGGAUCUGCAGAUCUCUGUUUUCCUUCUUUUUAAUAUUUUCACUGCAGGACACUGUCUCAGCUGUUAUGAAUGUAACAAUAUGAUGGGUUCUUGUGCGUAUCAAAAGGAAAUAACAUGUGGCAGUGGAACUCAGUGCAUGAGUUCAACAAAGGUGAUACAAUUUUGUGACAGAAUUACUACAGUUAAAAUUAAAGGUUGUGCUUUAACAAAUAACUGUACAACUUGGUCCUUGAACUUCGGCAGUGCAAAGGGAUCUUCUUUAUGCUGUGACACUGACCUUUGUAAUGGCCAGAAUCCUCCAGAUUCCAGCUUCAAUGGACAGAAAUGUUACUAUUGUGAUGAACAGAGCUGCUCAAACAUACUGAGCUGUUCAGGGAGUGAAGACCGCUGCUUUGAAGCAACUGGGAGUUUCGGAGGCCAUUCAAUGUUUGUAAAAGGCUGUGUUUCUAAAGCCAUUUGUAAUGCCACAACAUCUGACCCUAUUGUUCGGGAUAUGUCAUGUUGUGAGGGGCACCUAUGUAACCACCCUGAUAGUGUCGCUCGGAAGACCACACAGAGCUUCCUGUUGCUCUGCUGUUCUCUGCUCUCCUUCGUCCUGCUGCACUGAAUCAAGCAGCUCUUCACAUUCUACAGGUGCAGAGACACCUUUGAUGUACAAAAAUAUAGCUCAUAUUUUCUUUGAUGUUCUAAUGCGAUGAACUUACAUGUAAGUAUAAAGAAAAUCAUAAUUUUCAAAAAUGUUUUUAUGUAGUGUGUUAAUAUUUAAAGGUUUGUGCUGUAAAAUGAAAGUGAAAUAUGUUCCCUAUCGAAUGGUCAAUACCGUUAUAUCUAUGGGAAACUCCUGUUUACUCUGAUAAUGAAGCCUGAUUUAUUAAUAUUUGUAUAGCUUCACAAACCCUUUAGCCUUCCAGAAUGGGAGGAGCCACCUGCUAUAGAGACAGAGCACAUUUAGGCCACGCCCACCCCAGAGACAAAACAAUCCAACCCUCUUCAUUUACUUUGUAUUGUGGGAAGCUGCCUCCUUUUCGUUUCUGACUUAUAGCAGCUUUUAUAAAUUGUUCAGUUUUUUAUUAUUUUUUGUUAUGUGACAAGGUGUACAGCAAACAAGCUAAAAAAAACACAGAACUAUGUUUUUAUAAGCUGUCGAUCCAGAAAAUGAGUGUUGACGGAUUCAAAAUUAAUGCAAUUAGAACUUGAUAGUAAUGUCCCAAAAAUUCCUCCACGUACUUCUCCAGAGGCAGGCCAUUUUGCUGUAUGGUUAGUAGGUAAUCCUCUGCCAAAUCCAUAUGUCCUCCAUAUAGGGGUCCUGUAUUCUGUAAUUGAGUGUGGCUGUUGUUAAUGAUUUGGUUAUGUUAUUUCCUUUUAUAUACGGUUUACUUUACAUUUACAUAUUCCUUAAAUGAUUAAUUAUGUUGUCUAUUUUGAAUGUGUAACAUGCUUAAUUGUUGGAUUUUGGGGUUUUUAUUAGUUUAUACAUCUUGUGGUAGCAAAGUCUUUUAUUUUGUCAUUCAUCCACACAAGCGGAUAUAUUGUGGUGUGCUCAAAGAAUUAUAGUAAGGAGUGCAGCUAAGAUGCACAUGGUCGAUUCAUAGUCAAGUAUUGUGACCCAUAGUCAGAAUUUGUGCUCUGCAUUUAACCCAUCCAAAGUGCACACACACAGCAGUGAACACACACACACACACCGUGAACACACACCCAGAGCAGUGGGCAGCCACUCAUUGCUGUGGCAUCCAGGGAGCUGUUGGGGGUUCGGUACCUUGCUCAAGCACACUUCAGUCGUGGACAUUGCUGCAUGUGUACAUUGCAAUGGACAUUGCUGCGUGUGUAGUUUGCCUAUUAAUGGAUUAAAGUGUAUUUUAAUAUUAGUUUCACAUUUAAGAGUUAAUGUUUCAGCACAUGUGGUUAAAGUGAAUUUGCUGAAUGUACGUUAAUUAAUUUACUUGAAUGUUAAAUGUGAAUAGUGUUUUUAAUUUUGGUGAAUUGCAAAUGUAAGAGAAAAUGUUGAAUCAGAUGCAGGUGCAAAUGAGGUAGAUAGGCAAACUGAUAGCCAUCAUGCAGAAACUCAAAGUGAGAGUACACACUAUUUAACCCUAAAUCAGGCAACGUGACCCACGAGUCACAUAGUUUUUAUUGUCUUUUUUGGGGCAUAAGAACAAUUUUUUUUAUUAAAUCCUUUUAUCAUUUAUCAAUGCCUGGUCUGUCGCAAGUAUGCUGGUCACAUGAUUUGCUUCAAGUUUUCAGUGAUCUAUUAGUCAGCCUGAUCUAAAUCCAACUUGGCUGCCAGUGGUGGAGAACAUUCAGAUUUUGAGGUAGGUAAUUAUAUAUUAAACUUACUUUUCUUUUGGAAAAAAAAAUUAUA